ACAUACAAAUAAAUUUACAAACAUUACAAACAUAUGAACUGUACAAAAAAUACAAACUAGACCGACAAACAAUACAAACCAUACAAAAAGAAAAAACAACCAGGUUGACUUUGGAGGCUCCAUCCCUAUACAGAGGGGCUCCUUCCCAAAGUCAACCCAGGUGUUUUUUAGACAUACAAACAAUACGAACAUGGUGGACAAAAAUGACAAACUAGACCGACAAUCCAUACGAACUGGAAAAAACACCCGGGUUGACUUUGGAGGCUCCAUCCCUAUAUAGAGAAGUUCCAUCCAAAAGUCAACCAGGUUGUUUUUUAGACAUAAAAAACAUUACAAACAUGGAUGACAAAAAUGAUAAACAUGGUGCACAAAAUAACAAAGUUUAAAAACAUUACAAAAUAACAAAGCGUACAAACAUUACAAAAUAUGUCAACAAACAUUACAAAAUUGGCACUGUCGUCAGAAAAUUCAUCUCCGUCGACGAUGAUCGCCGAAAAAAAAAUUUAUGACCAGAAAAAUCUCUCUCUCUCUCUCUCUCUCUCUCUCUCUCUCUCUCUCUCUCAUACAUGAGCUUUGGAGGGAAAAAAAUGGAAUUAAUGGCCACCCCUCCCCUAGGAACAUGCCCACGCCGGACGCCGCCGAAGAAUUUUUGGCCACAUCGUCGACGUCAGAGAAAAGGACCGCCGGCGGGACUGGGAAAAAAACCAUCACGCCGGGCCGGAGAAGGAGCUAGUGCCCGCGACGGUAGUCAGUGCUGUAUUUUUUUAUUUUAAUUGAUAAAUAAAAUAAAAUAAUAUUUGCAAUUACUAUAUUAUCCUUUAUUAAAUUAGAUUAAUUUGAGCCAUUGAAUUUUAAUGAGAAGUAAGGGCUGAGAUUCACUUAUCCAUGUGACUAAGGGACCCUAAUAACUAGAUCUUAGCCCUUGUUAUGGAAACAUAAGCGAACUCAGAAAGUUGUCGUGAUGUUGAAGUUUCUAUAUACCUUGAGAAAUUUCAUGAGCGGACAUCCAUAUAUCGGAUCUGAUCAUCGAAGAAUUAUGCCUUACGAAAUGGCUUUGUGCCCCCUUGUUUACUUUAACUAUUUCUGUUGAGGGGGAAACUGUGGCAGAUCAGAUCAGGGUCUCACAUCCAAAGGCGAUCGAAUCUGUAAUUAUAAAUGAAGCCCAGCCCAGCCCAGUCCGGUUUGAAGCUUAAGCAACAGUGCUUAAAGGUUGAGGUGGGUAACUUGCAUCCAACAUAAAUGUCGAUCACUGUAUAUAUUGACUAGACUACUCCUCAAACUUGACUUUUUAUUAUAAAUAAAUAAAUUUUCCAACUCCUUCCUUGCCUUCCACACUCUUUGCAUUCUCGUCUAAUUCCUCCCCCUGUCUCGUCGUUAGUCCUUCUUGUAUUCCAAUUAAUCAAGCAACUACUUCCAUACUCAACUCUCAACUAACUCCUUCCUUCCUUCCUUUUCACUUGGAUCUGAACCCUUUUCCGUCAAAACCUUCCUCUCUACCAGUACCAGAAGCCAAUAACAGAAAAAAGAAGGAUGAAAGACGAGCUGCACAGUCUUCUCCCCAUACUAAGGAAGUCCAGACUCGUCGCGUUGAAAUUCAUCAAUUCCUCCGCAGGCUACUUCCUCCUUAUCCUGCUAGCCUACCUCUUCGGCUACUUCUCCGCUUCCUCCGGCCACGGUGGCUCUCCACGUCAACCGCCCUUGGUAUCUCCACUACCACCCGCCGCCGCUACCUUUCAACUACCCGAAAUGGCCGAGACCAGCGAAAGUAGGACAACUCCUAUUACUCCUACUACUAUUACCGCCAGCACGAUGAUCAACGAAUUCCGGGUCACCACUCGCUGCGCCGGCCGGGUCCCGCCGGAAGCCGUCCGGCAGACAGUUCUGGACCGAGUGUACGACGGGACGUCGCCGUUCCAAGGCUUCCCGCCGGCGCACGUGUCGGGCCUCCUCCGGGAGAAGACGAUCCGGGGGUGGGGCUCGUACGGCGCCGUAUUCGCGAACCUGAUCCGGAAAGUGAGGCCCCGGGUGAUCGUCGAGGUGGGGACAUUUCUGGGGGCGUCGUCGAUCCACAUGGCCGAGCUGACUCGGAGACUCGGGCUGGACACGGUCAUCCUCUGCGUGGACGACUUCCGCGGCUGGCCCGGGUUUCGCGGCGACAAGUUCGGGUUCGUGAGGUACGUGAACGGCGACGUCAUGCUGCUGUACCAGUUCAUGCAGAACGCGGUGUUCAGCAACGCCACCGGGUCGGUCCUGCCCGUCCCGUUUUCGAGCGGGUCGGCGCUCCAGAAGCUGUGCGAGUGGGGUGUGCAGGCGGAUCUCAUCGAGGUGGAUGCGGGCCAUGAUUUCAACUCCGCGUGGGCGGAUGUAAACCGGGCCUACCGGAUCUUGAGACCCGGCGGGGUCAUUUUCGGCCACGAUUAUUUUACUGUGGCGGAUAACAGAGGGGUGUGGAGGGCCGUAAAUCUGUUUGCUAAACUCAAUCGACUUCAAGUCCGAACGGAUGGCCAACAUUGGGUCAUUCACUCCUCAUGACUCUUACUCUUAUUCUUAUGCGGGCAGUACCGCAAUCCAGUUUACAGUGCAGAAUAUGCUAAAUAUCUCCAUGUAAUUUUCUCCCCUCUUAUAUAACACACAAAACCGAAAGCUAAUACUAUCCUCAUUCCUUUUUGUACUAAAGUAUUAAAACAUCCACGAUGUGAUUAAGGUAAAAUAGCAACACAGCUUUUAUUAUUGUUUUACAAUAUCUACGAUGUGAUUUUGUAUUUUAAAAAGCAUUUAUCAUCUAAAUUAUAAGGAUGCCACUCUCAAUAUACCCUACCUAAAUAUUGUUCAUGACUCAGCUGAUUCCGAAGUGUGUACUUUGCGUAGUUCAUAGUAGACAACGUUCUUUCAAAACUUGGAGUGACGUCAAGUAGCAACAACGACAAUUUUAGAAGCCGGUACACCAAUGGAAACACCAGAUGCUUUCUUGACACAACCAUGCAUCUUCCAAAAAGGCUCAAUAAUUCCCUGCAAACUUCUCAAUUGUCUUUAUAUCAAGUAUAAGUAUCUAGUUAACGAAAAUCAAUGUGCAAGAUAUUA